CUUUUUAAAUAUACUUCGAGACUCUUCAGGGGUGUGUUGUCUUCCGUUUUUGCGCUGAAGAAGACACAUUAAAAAGAAGAAAAUGCCACAGUUAUCAGGCGGCGGCGGAGACCCGGAGCUGUGCGCUACGGAUGAAAUGAUCCCGUUUAAAGACGAAGGAGACCCGCAGAAGGAGCAGAUCUUUGCCGAGCUCAGUCACUCGGAGGAGGAAGGAGAUCUGGCAGACAUCAAGUCCUCUCUGGUCCAUGAGUCUGAGAGCAGCCCCAACAGCAACAACCACGAUGCAGCUAGACAGUCCCAAAUACCGCAAGAUUCAUAUCACGAAAAACACAGAGACCAUCCGGAAGAUGUACGCUCCCUUUUGUCCCUUUUAUCAGGAAAACACCAAGACAUGUACAGUAAAGGCCAUCCAUACCCGGGUUACCCAGGCUACAUCAUGAUGAGCAACAUGAACAAUGACUCCUACAUGAACAACGGGUCCCUCUCGCCGCCCAUGCCCAGAACGUCCAACAAAGUUCCUGUGGUGCAGCCGUCCCAUGCAGUCCACCCACUCACCCCACUGAUCACGUACAGUGAUGAACACUUCGCACCAGGAUCCCAUUCUAGCCAUCAUCCUCAAGAUGCCAACAACAAAGGAAUGCCACGGCAUCACCCCGGACCAGACAUGCCUAACUUCUACUCCCUGUCUCCUGGAGGAGUGGGGCAGAUCACGCCACCGCUGGGAUGGUUCUCUCACCACAUGGUGCCCGGCCCCCCUGGUCCCCACGCCACAGGGAUCCCCCACCCGGCCAUCGUCAAUCCCGGCCAAGUUAAACACGAACCUCCGCAUGAAACAGACAUCAUGCACAUGAAACCCCAGCACGAACAGAGAAAGGAGCAGGAGCCCAAAAGACCGCACAUCAAGAAGCCGCUAAACGCCUUCAUGCUCUACAUGAAAGAGAUGCGUGCAAAUGUGGUCGCUGAGUGCACGCUGAAGGAGAGCGCUGCCAUCAAUCAGAUCCUGGGACGAAGGUGGCAUGCUUUAUCUCGGGAAGAGCAAGCUAAGUAUUAUGAGUUAGCCCGCAAGGAACGGCAGCUCCACAUGCAGCUCUACCCAGGCUGGUCUGCUCGAGACAAUUAUGGAAAGAAGAAGAAGCGGAAGAGGGAGAAGAUGCAGGAAUCGGCCACAGGUACAGGCCAGAGAAUGAAAACGGCGUACAUCUGAGAAUAUGGAGGAAAACGGAACAAUUUCUCCACAUGCAAAGCGAAGGCAGCAGCUACGGGCCCUCUGCUAGAGAUGGAGGCCUGUUAGAUUCCAUGAAGACCCUUAAAUGUCCAAACUGAAGCCUCCACUUCUCAGAGGACCCCCACCCCCUCCCUCCCACCUAACCAAGCCCUACUCCUUCUUCCUUCGACACAGACACAUGCCACCACCACCUCCACCUCCACCAAAAAAACGCUUCACUGUUUGACUCUACUCCCUUCUUGAAGGCGCCUGCUGUAGAGACACUGAAAUGAAACAAGACAAUCAUGAUAAAUAGGAGCACCCUCAUGCAACCACGUUUUCUCACCGAAACCCAGAAAAAACAUCAAUUUGGUGUCUGUGUUUUGUCAUUUCUUUAGAAUCAGCUUUAUUGCAAACUGAGGCACUGCACUGAAAAACCGCAGCAAUUUCGAUGUGCGCACAAACUUGUCCCCUGCACCACCCAAACAAACACUCUGAAUACCUGUUUCUAAGUUAUUGUAAGUUAUUUGUCUCCUUGGUUCCUUUGUAUAGUCCAUUAGGCCUACAUUCGCUCCCUCGUCUCCCCCCACCCCCCUCUCUUUUUCUCACUGGAUUUUUUGAGACCUUUUGGGGUUUCUCGUGACCGACCAAACACCUCUUUUUAGACUGCACUAAGGAAGAUGGAGGGAUCUCAUCAUGUCCAAGAAAACGUCCUCAAGACGCCAUUUCCGUUUCAUUGAUGACCAGUUGGUGCAAAAAAGGAUCAACGUUUUGAUUUGCUCUUCAUUUUAGACGGAAUUUUAUUUUGAUUGCUUUUUUUUGUACCUUGGAACCCUUGUUUCAAUUUCUCUGUGUAUAUUUUAGUGAUUUUUUUGUUUUGUUUGUUUGUUUUUUUAAUAUUGUUUUUUUUAUAUAGUGGUAUAUAUGAAAAUAAGCUUUGGACACAGGAAAGCCAUUUUUCUUGUUGAAGCGUCUUGCAGAAAAUUGAAACUUAAGGCUUCUUUUGAUAACUAUUUGUAACAAAUAGUGACCUCGAGUCUUGCUCAGAUGUAAAAUAAUGCUCAGUAUGUGUACUUUUUAAAACUGUCAGGAUAUGUCAAUUUUCUUGGUAUUUUUGCAGGCAACAUUAGGACAAAGGCGAGAGUAAUAGCUCAGAGGCCUAUAUUUUAUUGUUCUAAAACAUGACAAAUGAAGCAGAUAUAUAUAUUUACCCCAGCACUUGGCAGUCUUUCUUUUAUUGCAAUGGACCUUUUGUCUUUUCUCUCUGGUAGCUAAUAGUGUGGUCUUUAGCCAUGUUGUUUAUUCCAUGCAAGCAUCUCUGUAACAUUUUGAUUUUAAUGCUCUAUUUUAGUAUUACUUGAUGAAUUCCUUUUUUUAAUUAUCAUCUUUUGGGUCACUGUCAUCUUGGUAUAGCAUUUUGCUUCCCAAGUGGUCAUAUUUGAACUGUUUCAACAUGUUUUUGUUUUUUUUAAGGAAAAAUAAAAAGGCACCGUUGGCUCAUUCGUUCACUUGUGUGGUGGAGAGACUGGAGCUAGGAGUGCCAGAUGUAACA